AGCACGUUUUUAAGCCGCUUUUUGUAUGGCGUGUGUGCUUGUGUCAGUUGUGUCGUCUGUUUCGCUGUUAUUGUUUGCGUAAUUGUCGCGAAAUAACACUCAUAUUCGGCCUCUUAAGGGAUUACGUGUGCCGCAUUUGGUUUUUUUAACGUUAGGAAUGUGUUCAUAGUCGCGAAACAAUCGAACAUGGAUGAAAACGGAGAAAACGUAGCCUGUGAGGAUCGCUGCGAUAGUGACUUGAAGAGGGAGGUUAAUUCUGCUGAAAACCAGGAUGAUGAGCCACCUAUCAAAUGCCUAAAACAGGAAGAAGACCAAGAACCAGCCUCUUCUACAGAAGUGUUCUUUAUAGACAACAAAUGUGAUAAAGAAGCCUUCACAAGGUUUAUGUCCACGGACAGCACUAAUAAUACGGACGAGCAUUCAUCAUAUAAUAUUUUCAGUCGCACUGCCGAUUUCAUUCAACUUGAUGAUUCUGAGCCAGAAGAACCAGCCCCUGUUGAUGUACAACCCAGUGUUGUAUGCUUCAACUGCGGUGGCAAGCACUUCUUGAAUGAUUGCACCGAGAAGAUCAACAUGGCACGUGUAUCCCAAAAGCGCAGGGAAAUGGCCAGAGAGAGGGAUGUAACGCCAAAAAAACUACGCUACUUCGAGCAUGAAAUGCUGUCACAACGUUUCCAACCUGGUAAAUAUAGCAAGGAGUUGAGAAAGGCUUUAGAUUUGCGUCCAGAAGAUCUCCCUCCAUUCAUCUAUAGAAUGCGUGUGCUUGGUUAUCCACCAGGCUGGCUUACAUAUGCAGAAGUUGAAAAAUCUGGGCUAACAAUCUAUGGCUUGGAUGAUCAUGGCAAACCAAAUGAAAAUUUAGAGGCUGGAGAAGUAGACAAAGAAGCCGGAGAAAUCGACUGUGGUGAUGUGCAAGAAGUGCAAUAUGAUCCAGCCCGGUUGGUUGACUUUCCCGGCUUCAAUGUUCCUGUGCCACCUGGCGUUCGUGAUUUGUGUGAAGAGUAUGGAAUGCCACCGAUGCUUCCACACCAGCAGAGGUCUGAAGCUGAAAAAUAUAUGAAAGCGCCGGUGGUUGCAAAAAGCUUUAGUCAGAGGCAGAAGCUGCCACCACCAGUUGUACAACCAAGCACAGACAUUGGCCAAGUAGUGGACAUGCACAUUGAUGAUGGAGCUGAAGAGGAAGUGGUUUGCUUUGAAGGUGGAAACAUUUCUGCAGUCACGGCAGCAGAUUCAUCGACAGACUCAAAGUGUACCAGCACAGACGUCAGCCAAGAGAGUCUUGUUCCUGAGCAGCCAAGUUCAGCCUCUGAUUGCAACAAUGUGGCUUCUUCAAGCAGCACGGAAGCUGAUAGACAAGAGCAGCCCAGCGAUAAUGUCGCUUCUUCAAGCAGCAUGGAAGCUGAUAGACAAGCACAGCCCAGUGACAAUGUAGCUUCUUCAAGCAGCACGGAAGCUGAUAGACAAGUGCAGCCCAGCGACAAUGUGGCUUCUUCAAGCAGCACAGAAGCUGAUAGACAAGAGCGACCCAGCCCACUAGCUGUUCAAAAUGGAAGCACUUCCAAUUCUGACAACUCCACAGUGGACACACCAAAAGCCAAAAAACACAAAGUUACCAUGGGAACACCUAUGCUCAUUGGAUUCAGCAAGUACACGUCACUUCCACCACGUGAGAACUUUGCUAAGGACAUGACUGACCACAUUCCUUUUGAAAACUUGCCUGGGACAACUGGAAGAUAUGAUAAGCUGCGUACAGUUAUUAAGAAAGUGCGUGCUCUGCGCGAAGAAAAUGAUAAAAAUGACGACUGAUAAAAUGACAUGAGCUGCAAGUACACAAAUUUGUGUACAAUGGUAAGCCUGAAAGUAUCUUCUAAGUUUUGCUGAUAACAGUGUCACCACAGCACAGUUUGCCAUUUUGCAGCACCAUAUCGCUUCAUGGGCCACUGUCAUUCGAUUGAUGAGUACAGCAAAGCCCCAAAGCAGACAUAUGCGUUGGAAUGCACCAGUACGCUCUGUGUACGCUCGUCGUUGCAUCACACCUAGUUUA